AUGCAGCAAGACCUUUCAUUCUACGCUGCGGCAGCUGCGCUGGCAGUCAGCGCGCUCGCGACCAUCCCAGCCAUCGUCGCACACACCCGCCGGAUACGGAAGAACGCAAGACCUGCAGGUGAAGGGAACGGAUACCGCGAUCGAGAUGGAGAAGCUACGCCCCAGUCAAUCGCUGCCUUCUCAAACAAGUGGCAGAAAGCCCUUAUUCUUCUCUGGGCGGGGGUCGGCCUCGGCUGCCAAACUGCCUUCUCGCUGGUCCUCAACGCAUCGCCGCUCCACAGCCGGUGGCUUCUGCUGCAGAGCUGGCUGACCACGACUUCCUGGGGUCUUCUGCUUGUACAGGCGAUCGCUAUCGCUGCCAACCGCGAUUCGGUGCGUGUCUACUACCAGGGCAUGUCUCUUUCCGGGUCAAGUUUGCUAGUGGGCGGUGCCCUGCUCGUCCAGCUCAACGGUGUGGCUCCGGCCUGGUGGUCGGCUGCCGAAAAGCCCGCGCUGGUGCUCUGCACGGCAUCGGCCAUCGCAGCGGCCGGUCUCGUCGUCGCUAGUCUCUCGCUGCCGCGCCGUCCAGAUGUCUUUUACAACAGCCGUCUCGUUGACCGCAUGCUCACCGUCAGCGCCUACCGCCGCCUCACCUUUGCCUGGGCCUCUGCCCUCAUGUCCGUGGCGACUGAAAAGGGCGACCUGGAAUUGACCGAUCUCCCGGGCCUGAACCAUCAGAUGCGUCCUACCGACCAAUCUGCGCAAUGGAAAGCUGUCAAGGCUAAAACUAGCGUAAUCAAGUCACUUCUCAAGAUAUAUGCAUGGCGUAUUUUCAAGCAGUGGACGACUGCCAUGGCUAAUACCGCAGUCUCCUACCUGCCCUGGUGGAUAACGCUGAGGUUACUGGAAAGCCUUGAAGCCCGGAAGCCCGGGGACCCGAUCGGGCCGCGCCUGUGGCUCUUGCUCGUUUGGCUAGGCAUGGCAAAGUUGGCCUCGGCUCUCCUCGAGUCCUGGCUCUUUUGGACCAUGGUCAGCGAUUUGUACGUGCCCAUACGGAGCCAGCUGGCUGCAGUCAUCUUUGAAAAGGCCAUGCGGCGGAAGAAUGUCAAGUCUACUAGCAAAUCCCAAGAAAAAAAAGGUGACACAAAUGCUGCGGAACAAAACGACACGGCGCAGCCCAGCCAACCAAGCCAGGGAGAGGGAGGGGGCGACACCUCGAAGGAAGGCGACGACAAUGAGAGUGACAACACGACUGGACAAAAGUCCCGACAGGCAGUCAUCAACCUCGUUGGCGUCGACGCCAAGCGGGUCUCGAACUUCAGCCUCUACCAGUACAUGUUUCCCACCAGCAUCCUCCAGCUGGUCAUCUCCAUGUGGUUUCUCGUUUACCUCCUGGGCUGGAUCCCCAUCGCCCUGGGGAUCCUGUCGGUGGUUCUGACCAUCCCAAUCAACACCGUCUUCUCCAAAGUUCUCUUCAACACCGACAACAGGCUGAUGAAGCUUCGGGACGCCAAGCUCGCGCUCGUGAACGAAGCCCUGCAGGGCAUCCGCCAAGUCAAGUUCUCGGCGCUCGAGCUGCAGUGGGAAAAACGCAUCCUAGACUUGCGACAGAAGGAACUGACAACCCUGUGGGAAUACUUCAGGGCCAACGUCGUCCUCAAUGGCUGUUGGACCGCAGCUCCCAUCGUGUUAUCCUUGACGUCGCUGGGUUCAUACGCCUGGCUCCACGGCGACCUUGCCGCGUCGGUCGCCUUCGUCAGCAUCGGCAUCCUCAACACCCUGGACUUUGCCAUCUCGGCCAUGCCUCAGCUGAUCCGCUUCGGCAUCGACUGCUGGGUCUCGGUCAAGCGCAUCGAAGCGUACCUGGACGGCCCGGAGCUCAAACCAACCCGGAACUACAGCGAUCGGCCAGAUAUAUGCCUUGAACACGCCAGCUUGGCAUGGCCAAAACAACAACAGCAGCAGCAACAACAACAAGACAGAUUUACCCUUCGAGACGUCAACCUGACCUUCCCGCCUGGCGAACUGUCCGUCAUCUCGGGUAAGACGGGCUCGGGGAAGAGCCUGCUGCUCGCGGCCGUUCUCGGCGAGGCCGAUCUCCUCUCCGGCUCCAUCCACGUGCCGGCGCCGCCGGGGCUCGACGAACGGCACGACGACAAGGCGCACCCGGGCAACUGGGUCCUGCCCGCGGCCAUCGCGUACGUGGGCCAAGUGCCGUGGAUCGAGAACGGCACGCUGCGCGACAACGUGCUGUUCGGCAUGCCGUUCGACGAGGCCCGGUACGCGCAGACGCUCGCGGCCUGCGCGUUGAACAAGGACCUCGAGGCGCUGCCCGACGGCGACCGGACCGAGCUCGGCGUCAACGGCGUCAAUCUGAGCGGCGGCCAGAAGUGGCGCGUCACCGUCGCCCGCGCCGUGUACUCGCGCGCGGGCAUCUUGGUCCUGGACGAUAUUUUCAGCGCCGUCGAUGCGCAUGUCAGCCGCCAUAUUCUCGACCACUGCAUCGACGGCCCCCUGUGCAAGGGCAGGACGCGGAUCCUGGUCACGCACCACGUCGCCUUGGUGGAGAAGCAUGCCAAGCUUAUCAUCGAGCUGGCGGACGGCUGUGCCACCUAUUACUCGGGCGAUGAUAAUGCACAGCUCCAGGACAGGAAAUUCUUGGAGAGAAUCAAAAGCAUUGAGCAGCAGCAGCCAGUGCCGGAAGAAAGCGCAGACGUCGCCGACGAUGCACCAUUGAAGAGGCAAAAUUCAAAAGUGGCCAAGAAAUUCGUCGAAGACGAGGCUCAUGCCAAAGGGUCGGUCAAACCCCGGAUUUACGGCGUUUACAUCAAGGACAGCGGCGGUUGGAUCUACUGGGGUUCUCUACUCCUCAUGUUCCUGCUAUUUCAGGCAUGCUCAAUCGCACAACCAUGGGUCAUAAGGCUUUGGACGGGCGAACUCGAGACGUCUAGCAUAUUCAUCGAAGCGCGACCUAGGCUCCCCUUUUAUUCGAUUCAGCAAACCCUUGUGCCGAACGGACACCAUGGUCGACUCGAGGCGGAGCUGAGCAGCGGGCACGCAGGAGGACGGGGAACCCUGUUUUGGCUUUCCAUCUACGCCGCCGUGUGCUUUGCCGGCGUCGCCCUUGGCCUGAUCCGCUUUCUCGUUCUCUUCCUCGCAACCUACCGGGCGAGCAAAGCGCUGUACGAGAAGAUCCUGUUCGCCGUGCUGCGCGCGCCGCUGCGGUGGACCGACACGGUGCCGGUCGGGCGGAUCCUCAACCGCUUCACCGCCGACUUCGACGCCAUCGACGGCAAUGUCGCCCACAUGGGCGGCUGGUUCAUGGUGACCUUGCUCAAUGCCGUCGGCAUUUGCGUCGCCUCGCUCUUCGUCUCGCCGCUCAUGGCCCCCGUUGCGGCACUCUGUCUGGGGUACUGCGCUUGGGUCGGCAAGGUGUAUCUCGUCGCCGCACGGCCGGCAAAGCGGCUCGAGAGCACGGCAAAGUCGCCCAUCUUCGACUUCUUCGGCUCGUCCCUGACGGGGCUGACGACCAUCCGCGCAUUCGAUAGGGCGUUGCCCUGCACGCGAACAAUGUACGCCAAGAUCGAGGAGUACAGCAUGUGCUCGAUGAACUUGUACCUCUUUAACCGGUGGGUCGGUUGGAACAUGAGCGUCGCCGGCAUCGUGUUUACCGUCGUGGUGACCGUCUUUGUGCUGGUCCAAGCUGGCGUGGACGCCGCCCUGGCCGGGUUUGUGCUUAGCUUCACCAUGCAGUUCUCCGACACGGUGUUGAUGGUGGUUCGGGCCUAUGCGGCCGUCGAACUCGAGAUGAACGCCGUGGAGCGUGUCGUCGAGUACUCGGAGAUCGAGACGGAGGACUUUGGCGGCGCGAAGGCUCCGGCUGCCUGGCCGACGCAGGGCCGGCUCGAAGUCAACGACCUCGUCGUGGGCUACGCGCCACACCUGCCGCCCGUCCUGAAGGGAAUCACGUUCCAGGUCGACCCCGCCGAAAGGAUUGGGGUUGUUGGUCGCACGGGCGCGGGUAAGUCGUCGUUGACAUUGGCGCUCUUCCGAUUUUUAGAACCGCGUUCUGGGAGCAUUUACGUGGAUGGGCUCGACGUUGCCAAGGUCUCCCUCCUUGACCUUCGCUCGAGACUCGCCAUUAUCCCACAGGACCCCGUCCUCUUCUCCGGGACGAUUCGGUCAAAUCUUGACCCCUUCGAUGACCAUUCCGACGCAGAGCUCCACGAUUCUCUUCAGAGAGUGCAUUUGGUUUCGGACUCGGAGUCGGGUGCAGAGAGCAGCACUACAAACGCGGAGGGCACCGCCACUACCGCCGUCACACGCCCAAGGAAUAUCAAUAUUUUCCGUGACCUCAGCUCGCCCAUUUCUGAAGGAGGCCAUAAUCUGUCUCAGGGCCAGCGCCAGCUUCUCUGCCUUGCCCGGGCAAUCGUGUCGCGGCCCAAGAUCAUGGUGCUCGACGAAGCUACCUCGGCCGUGGACAUGGGCACGGACGCGUUGAUUCAGCGGUCCAUCCGCGACGAGUUUGUAGGGUCGACACUGAUCGUGAUUGCCCACCGGCUGAGCACGAUUGCCGAUUUCGACCGUAUUCUCGUGCUCGGCGAUGGAGAGGUAAUGCAGUAUGGGACACCGAAGGAACUGUGGGAUACGGAGGGCAGCAUAUUUAGGAGUAUGUGUGAAGAGAGCGGAGAAAAGGAGAAGCUGAAGAAGGUGAUCCUAGGGGAGGAAGCUUUGAGAGACGAGUAG